CUGGCACUCCUUUCACGAAAUCUUCCGAGAGUCGUUCCCGUACGCGUUCGUAUCGUUCCGCCGACAGUCGCGGAAUUCCGUAUAUCAGAUCUCGCGAAAUCACGUCAUUUAUCGAACAAUGGCCACGGUACUCGGACGUGUGAUUGUGUACGGGGGCAAGGGUGCCCUUGGCUCUGCUUGCGUAUCGCAAUUUAAAUCGCAAAAUUGGUGGGUUGGUUCCAUUGAUAUGAAGCCAAAUGAACAAGCUGACAUGAAUGUGAUUGUAAAUCCCGAAAAUGACUGGCAAAAACAGCAAACGGAUAUCCUGGCUCAAGUUAAGGAUAAGUUGAAGGAUGAGAAAGUUGAUGGUAUCAUUUGUGUAGCUGGAGGAUGGGCUGGUGGCAAUGCGGCGAACAAAGACUUUGUUAAAAACAGCGAUCUGAUGUGGAAGCAGAGUGUCUGGAGUUCUAUUGUAGCCGCGAACAUUGCUGCUGAAUAUCUGAAGGAAGGAGGAUUCCUUACGUUAACUGGUGCUAAGCCAGCAUUAAAGGGGACACCAGGUAUGAUUGGUUAUGGUAUGGCGAAGGCAGCGGUUCAUCAGCUGACAAAGUCUUUGGCAGAUAAAGACAGCGGUCUUCCCACCAAUAGUCUGGUAGCUUGUAUACUACCUGUUACUUUGGAUACACCAAUGAACAGAAAGUGGAUGCCCAAGGCUGAUACAAGUACAUGGACUCCGCUCGAUUUUGUCUCGAAUCUAUUUUGGAAAUGGUCUCAAAAUCAAGAUCGGCCUACCAACGGUUCUCUUCUGCAACUCAUUACAAAAGAUAAUAAAACGGAACUGAUCACAGCUUAAACGUAUCAAAUAAAUGAAAUUCGUGGGAACAAGGAUCUCUGAGCAUUUAUGACAAUACAAUAAUAUAUACAUUUCGUUUUUAUUGUUACCUGAAGGACAGGAUCGUAUAGAUAGGUUCAGAGCAAGUCCUCGAAAUAAUCCUUAUUUUGCUAUAAAAUAUGUCUUCAUCUGUGUCCUCUUCCUGCAUACACAUUCCACUAAGAAAUAUAUUUUAUAUAUUGUUAUAUAUAUAAAGAUUAUUUAAUUGUUUGGAAAGACAUUUUUCGUAUAAUGUAUGUACUAAAUACUCGGUUUAUUUUAUCGAUGUGAUAUAUAUAUAUAUAUAUAUAUUAUAUUGAAAGUUACAAAGAAAGUUCAAAUGUGAUGCA